AUGGCUUGCAGGAAAUCGAUAGACUCUAAAAAUGUUGGCAUCAGACUUUCUGUGACCAUCCAUCAUUUGAGCCAUCCCGCCUUAACGACACAUUUUUUUCCCCACCAGGUCCUAAACUCUGACUCGGAAGACGAGUCCGAAAUCUACGCGGCGAAGCUCCUUGAGGUGAUGGUGCUGCAGUGCAACGGCAAGAUCGACAACUGCCUGCCAUCGUUCGUGGAGCUGGUGCUGAACCGGCUCACCAGGACUGUGAAGACCUCGGAGCUCAGGACCAUGCUGCUGCAGGUCCUAAUAGCGAUACUGUACUGCAAUCCAGUGCUCCUGUUCACCAUCCUGGACAAGCUGCAGCAGGCCGUCCCCAACGCGUCCAUCACGCAACACUUCAUCAAGCAGUGGAUACACGACACAGACUGCUUCAUGGGGUAAUAGUAUAGCGA